CCCACCCUAUUAUCAACCACCCGUCAGCCCAGCAGCAGCAGCAGUGCAACUCUGAAAUUGCGGCCUUGGUAUUUCGCCGAUUGAUGCGCAUUUGGCUGCCUUCGUCGGGCCGAAUCGUGGGACUGAAGACCGUCGGCUGCGGAGGGAAUCAGAGCCUGUGGCCGGGCGGGACUUUUCGAGGCGUCGCUCGUCCGAUUGUGUGAUGUGUUGGCUGUCACGGUGAGGGGCGGUGCACUCACUCACUCUCUCGCAGCAAACUCUGCUUCACUUGUUCAUCGAAUUUGCGUAAUCACACCCCGUCUAGGUGCGUAUGAAGUGAUGGCUUCACGCAGCUCGGCGCAGAGGCCCAACGGAGCCACCCAGGGCAAAAUCUGCCAGUUCAAAUUGGUGCUGCUCGGCGAGUCGGCCGUUGGCAAGUCGAGUUUGGUGCUGCGGUUCGUCAAAGGACAGUUCCACGAAUACCAAGAGAGUACAAUAGGAGCCGCUUUUUUAACGCAAACUGUAUGCCUUGACGACACGACGGUCAAGUUUGAAAUCUGGGACACGGCCGGCCAGGAAAGGUACCACAGCCUGGCGCCGAUGUACUACCGUGGCGCGCAGGCGGCCAUCGUUGUCUACGACAUAACCAACCAGGACACCUUUGGCCGCGCCAAGAACUGGGUCAAGGAGCUGCAGAAGCAGGCGUCGCCCUCAAUUGUGAUCGCUCUAGCCGGAAACAAGGCUGACUUAGCCAGUAAGAGAAUGGUGGACCUCGAGGAGGCGCAGGCGUACGCCGACGAGCACGGCCUCCUCUUCAUGGAAACCUCGGCCAAGACGGCCAUGAAUGUCAACGAUAUCUUCUUAGCAAUUGCCCAGAAACUUCCCAAGACCGACCAAGCAGCGAGUGGAUCUGAUGCAGCAAAAGGACGUAGGCUUGUUGAGGGUGCGGAUUCUGCGCAAAGAGGGCCCAGCAGCUGUUGCAAAUGAUGUGGAUCUCUGUCGUGGUCCAAUCUUGCCUGCCUCCUCUCAUUUGUAUUAUUGGAGUCGUAGCCGAGGAGGAGGAGAGGCACGCGUCACUGUCACAGUCAUCUUCCAAUCACUGUAGCACUUUUUCUCUCAUCAACACUGCUUGAGGAAAAACUGGGCUCAACACUUGAAGGGCAUUCGAUUAGCCUUGCGUUAACAUUCCUUCUGCUGACACUUGUUGUCUUGUUUGUUCAAUUAAUUUUGUCACGUUACAUUUGGACCCAAAAAAUUGCAUUGAAGGGCAGCUGCUACAUGUGUUAGACAAAAUUCCUGCAGUUAGACCAGAGCCCAAAUUCUCCUAGUCUUUUUUUUUAAUUUUGUUCUAAUUACUGAUCAUUCGUUAAUGUUUUGUACUUGCUAAAUUUUAAAAGAAUUAAAAGAAAACAUCAUCUGGCUGCCGUCACUCCACCUCUCCUUUUCCCGUGCUCACUUUUCUAAGCUGUAUAAAGGCAAGAUUCUCUAGCACUGUAAUCCCCCUGGAUAUCCAUCAUCAUAAUUAUAUUGUUUGUGUUAUGGAAAAAUAUAUUACUCUGAAAAUUUUUGAUUGUCAGUGUGCAUCGUCUCGAAUUCAACUGCUUGGACACUAAUAACAUUUCUUAUUGUCACUUCAGUACAUGGAUAUUAUUUUGUACAUUUAAUGUUGAGGUUCAAAUGUAAAGUUUUAAAAGAGAUCACAUUGAAUAAAUGAUCGCAGGGAUUUUCAGCAAAAUCCUUGAUUCUUAGCAAAUAUCUGAAGUGCAAUACAGCUCCAUAUAAGCUUUGUAACAUUCUCGGCUAGAUACAAAACAUUCUGGAUAAUUAUUAUACUGCUGCAUUCACUCAAGCUUUUCCCUAAUUUUGCAGGGAAACAGUAGCUGUAUUGUUCCAAGGAAAAAUGUUGGUCUUAUUUAUAUUUUCAAAGGAAAUCCUAGUUAUUUUGAAUUAUG